AUGAUCGGAUUAAAAACAGAUUCAACCUCUAUCGGUUCGAUUGGAAUUAUAAUAUCAUCGUGGCUUCUUUCUGCAAGCUUUAUCCUUACGAUCGAUUCUUUUUCAAGAACAUUUGUAAAGAAUAACAUCAAGGAGGCCAAGUGGCUCCUCUAUGCCGUCAAUCUGGCGGUCCUUAUUAACGAAAUAAUCAUGCUACCUCAAGUAAUAGCCAGUUCAAAUUGCUUAAAUGCGAGCAAGAGCCCAGACUGCCGUGCAAACUCCGUGAGUUUUACACGGUGUACUGAUCAAACAUCAGUACGCCUAUUUUACUCUCUGGAUGUGAUCAAAUACGCCGCAUAUGUUGUUUCCAAAACGGGUAUUCUGCAUCUUUCGUAUCAACGAUGUGAAGCGGUCUAUGAGCCUGUUAAAAGACUAGCCUUUAAACGCUUCCAUCUAAUUGUUCUUGUAUUACGCACCUCAGAAAUUACUUCCUUGGUGAUAAUUACUAUAAUAGAUGCCGUCAAGUGCAUGGGAUCGUACUGCAGUCCAGCAUGUUCGUUUAUACCUACUUCUUGGACUGUACGAGAGAUGAUGGUACCCUUUUUUCGCAUUUACUACAUUUUUCUCGAGAUUAUUUUUUAUAGAGAACUUCUUCGCAUUGUAAAAUCCAACAGAAGUGAACAAAAUUAUCGGGACCUUAUUCACCAGAUAAUUCUCUUCUCGAUAGAUAUAUUACAGCUCAUAGCCAUGUGUAUUUAUCGAUUAUUAGGAUUUGAGUAUAAUCUACCCAGUCAUCUUUAUGCCGAGCUCUUUAGUACAGCAUAUACGGUUUAUGUAAUGACUAGAUUUUGGGACAGAAUAAGGAGGAUAUUUGGUAGCCAGUCUGGGUGA